AUGGCUCCUUCUUCUUUUCCUCGGAGGCGGACCUCGGACCCCCUGCACCAAGCCAUUAGAGACCAAAUCUCCACAAGUUCAACAAAAACGAAGUCCUCAACCCUCUCAAUCUCCCCAACCUUCAUCCUCCUCCUCUUCCUAACAAUUUGGUGCACCUCCACCCUCCUCUCCUCCUCCUUCCACAUCUGCAUCUCCUCCCCCAAGCUCGAUCUCUACUGCAUCUCCGGCGGCCUCAGCCACCCUCCCCUCCCUCCCAACACCUCAAAUCCCAUCACGCUCAACCAUAUAGACGACAACAUCUCCAAAUUUAUCGUCAUGAAUAACUCGACAGAGGAGACUGAGAGAGGCAACGCGUACAAAAUCGUUCGUGAACGACUUAACAUAAUCCGAUCCUGGGCCUCUGAUGGGCCCACCGCAGGAAAAUCGUGCGAUGGGAGGCGAAUCUUUGUCUAUGACCUCCCUCCCAAAUUCAACCGCGACCUCCUAUCCCAGUGCAACAAUCUCCUCCCUUGGACAAAUUUAUGCAACUACUUUGUCAACGAGGGUAAAGGCGAGCGCAUAUCCAACCUAGGCCCGAGCUUUUACCGAACACAUCAAUACUCCCUCGAGCUCAUAUUCCACUCUAGAAUCCUAAAGCAUCCUUGUCGCGUUUUGGAGCCUAACAACGCAAAAUUGUUCUAUGUACCAUUUUAUGGUGGACUUGAUAUUUUGAGAUGGCAUUUCAGUAAUGUUUCGGUUGAAACAAAGGACAUGUUGGGGCUUGAGCUUGUACAGUGGCUUGAGGCACAAAAUUCGUGGACGAAGAAUGGAGGAAGAGAUCAUAUGUUUGUUUUGGGCAAGAUUUCGUGGGAUUUUCGAAGGAGGGAGGGUGAUUCUUGGGGGAGCAACUUCUUGAUGAUGGAUGAGAUGAAAGCGCCGUAUAAGUUCUUGAUUGAACGGCAGCCUUGGGAAGUGAGGGAUGUUGGGAUUCCUCAUCCGACGCAUUUUCAUCCGAAGGGGGAUUCUGAUGUUGUUGAGUGGCAGAAUAAGAUCGGGUGGUCAGGGAGGAAGAAUCUUGUGACUUUUGCAGGGGCGGCGAGGCCUGAGCAGGUGGAGAGUAUUAGGUCUCUGUUAAUUGAGAAUUGUGUUGCCAAUAGUGAUGAUUGCAGGUUCCUUAACUGUAGCUCUGGUGCCUGCUCAACCCCAGACAAACUAAUCAUGUCAUUCACAGACUCCGAGUUCUGCCUCCAACCUCCAGGAGACAGCCCCACAAGAAAAUCAGUAUUCGAUAGCCUAAUCUCCGGCUGCAUCCCCGUCCUCUUCGAUCCGUUCACUGCUUACUAUCAGUAUCCGUGGCAUUUGCCUGAGGAUCACAGGAAAUAUUCAGUAUUUAUCGAUAAAGAAGAGGUGAGACACGGGAAAGUUGAUGUGGUUGAGAGGUUGAAGAGUGUUGGCUAUGAGGAGAGGAAGGAGAUGAGGAGGUUUAUAGUGUAUGAGCUCAUGCCUGGUUUGGUGUAUGGGGAUUCGAGCUCCGAGUUUGUGAGGUUUAGGGAUGCUUUUGGGGUUGUUAUGGAUAAUAUGAUGGAUUUAGUUACAAAGGGAGUGAGAUAGUAGAGGAUUGUGAGAAGGGUUGGUUUUGUUUUGCAUUUUGAAAGAGAGGGGAGAGGGAAAGCGGAUAUUAAUUA